CACUUUUCCGAAGUCAAUCACGUGCGACAUUUAUCUAGCCUCACAACAAAUUGACAUAUCAUUGUUAAAGUCGUGUUAGACAGAACAUUUCUACAUGAUAGUUCAUGGAUGCCAUUAACUAAAAUAUAAUGUUGAAGUGUUUUAAGAUUUGGAUUGAUAAAUAGACAUGUAAUUGGUAUGAACGCCAGAGCAGAAUGUAAUGUUCUCACAAUGUAUACACUUCAAACAACAAUUUUGUUUUUAUUAGGAUUUUGUCUGAAUGCUUGCAGAGUCACAGCAUGUCUGGCUUGUCAUGUAGACGGGAAACCGAUGUGUUAUGACCGAGACCAACAGAUGUGUUGUAAAGGCCGCCUUCACCCGAGAGUAGAGAAUGGACACGAGAAGAGGUGCUGUAACGGAACCGUGUAUGCAAGUCAUUUCCAACAAUGUUGUGAUGGCAUCGUUUAUAUGCAAAGCAAUACAUCUGUGCAAUGCGUGAAUGGAACGACUGAGCAAAACUGCCCACAUGGAAGCUUCAGCGUAAACUGUUCACAGCCCUGCCAUUGCCUAGAGGGUACAUGCGACAAAGUUACGGGUGCAUGCGAAAAUGGGACCUGUGAAGAAGGAUGGAAAGGAACAGCGUGUAAUGAAACAAUAGCCAAAGCCAUGAUUGAUAGUACAACUUUCAUUUUAUUCGUAUUUUGGUGGGUAUACAUUAGCGCCGUUGCCGUCAUUAGCAGCGUUAUUUGCUUUCACUGCGUGCGCCUCGAAAGGUUGAAAAGGAGGAGGGCGCAGAAAGCCGUUCAACCGAAUCAACUUCAAUCAUCGAAUAAACCCCAAGUUGGUGAAGUACGAAAGUACGACAUGCAAGUCGACACACAUAACGCAGAGGCCAAAGAGGAGGAAAAUGACGACAACAAUGUGGUCAAUUCCCUAGACAUCGUAAUUUAGGAGAAUUACAGUUAAGGGGAGAAAAACAAAGAAUACGUAAACUAAGAGUUCUAUAUUAUAGUUAAAUAUAGUACACAAAGGGGAAUUACGUACAAAAGGCAAAGUAUAUAGCGCAUGAGUUCUGUGAGUGCCAAUUGUCCAAAAAUGUUAAUACUUACACCCAUCAUAAGGCAUGCUUUAUAAAAAUAAACGUCCGAGAAAUUAACUGCUUGAUUUGAUCAUUUCCGGGACAAAGAUGUAACGCACACAAGAAGGACGUCAUUAUUUUUCAUGAUGUCAAUCCGUGUUUAUGGUAUUCGUAAAUUUUGUAUUUUUAUGGGAGGAUGGCAAUUUCUUCAGUUUGUUGUCUUUUUAAUAUAAAAAUAGCAUAUUUUGAGGAAAUAGUACUCUUCAAAUGAUUAUCUGGUAAUAAUGUCAAACACGUUUAUUUGCUCAGCACGAAUACAUAUACCACUAGCCAAUGUUAAUGGUUCAGUUUUUUUUAACCUCUGUAAAUAAACUUAUAACAGUACAUUUUCUAUCAUUAGUUUAUGAACCUUUUUAUAUGCAAUAAGCGAACCUCUGCGAGAAUUAAAACGUAAUUCAUAUAGCAAGAUAUGACGAGUUGUAGUUGCUAAAGCUUUUAAAGACUUUUACGUCAAUUGAUGAUUACUUUAUUAUUUAGCUAAAAGAGCACCGUGAUCUUGGUCAUUCAAUCAAUUAAGAAUCCUAUGAAAACACUAACUGUUAUCUUACAUAUGUCACAGAAGAAAACAAAUCACAACAUUUUGUGAUGUUCGUAUUGCACCAGACACUAACAAAAACAUGUUUUUAAAACUAUUAAUGUUAUUAAACAUAGAAAUUUCGAAAUGCAAUGUUAUUGUUUCUUUACAUUUCUUUGCCUUAACUAUUUGAGGCAAGCAUAUUAUUUAUGACUAUAAAGUUAUGUUAUGCAAUGCUAAAAUCUAAAUUUCGUUCCAAGUACAUUUCUGAGGUAAGAAUGUUUUUGCCGGUUAUGUUACUCCUGAUGUAAAAGAUGAAUAGUGUACUAUUAUGUUGUGUCUGCUCGUAUAAACUAGUCAUUGAAGUGCACCGUUUUCCUAUUUGAAUAUUGUAGCCAUUAUACUGUUUUAUAUUGUAUAGCUAUUUCCCUAUUUGAAUAUUAUAGCCAUUAACGUGUAUUAUAUAUAACAGCUUUUGUCCUUUUUCAAUAUUGAAACCAUUAUAUUGUAUUAUAUUUAAAAGCUUUAUUUCUAAUUGAUUGAGUUGACUUUGAAAUAUAUGCAGAAGUAGUGUGGUACUUAUUAUUAUUAUUGUUAACUUUCGUGAUGUGGGUGUUUGUGUAACUUCAAUAAGCCUGUUUGUAGAUAGACGAAUAGUUUCCAUAUUUUUAACAAUGAUUACAAGAAGGUAAUCACAGUAUAAAUAAAAACGCACAUUAUUACUGUUCAAUAUACACCGUGUAAUAUUUUUGCAAUUUCUAUGCCUAAGAAAGAAGGACACUUUCAUCCAUUAGCCUUAAAGGAUCAUUGGCUUUUCACCAUGUUUUUGGUACCAAAGUUUUGCAUUUCUUUUGUUAUUCUGUAUGGCUUAUAUACAUCUUAGAUUUUGGUAGAACAAAUUUCUAAUUCUAUUUAAAUUUAUGUUUGUUAUGUUUUAUUAAGCAAUGUAUCCAUCGUUUGCGUGCAGCAUUUCUUCUGACAAAAUAACAAUUAGUGUUUGAGCAUAUGCUAGAAUUUUGAUGUAUUUGUUGAUGAACAUCAAUUUUAAAUGCAAUUGUAGCAAUCUUACGAAGCAACCAUGCCUCAAAAACUUUGUUCCCAUAAUUCUCCUGAUUAAGAUUUUUUUUAUAAAUAUUUGUACGAAUAUGAAUGUUUGGUUCGCCGUAUACAAUAUCAUAAACACCCUGUUUUAAGUCUCCAUCGUAUAAUUUGUGAGUGUUUUGUGGAGUUUUAUAAUUAAUGUUUUGCAUUGUUUUCAUGGAACACAUUUUUUAUUCUUAUUAACCAUACUAUAAUUUCAUGAAGCAUGAAAGAUUCGCUUCGAAAAAUAAAUGUGUUUUACGGAUGAACGUAUUACGAAAUAUAUUGAAAUAGACGUAAGUGAACAUAAUUAAAAAGUGGGACAUGAACGUCUGAAGCAUUUAACAAAAAUACGAUUCGAAUAUGUAAUUGUUUAUUAUUCAUUCGUUAGGCAAAUCUUAAAUGAGCUUUUCUGCAUUGUUUAUGUUUGUCUUUAUAUCAGUAUUUUUGCCUUAAAAUUUGCAAAGUUCUGUAUCUUUUAAAAUUAUAUUCAUCUUCUUUUAAAAUUAUUCACCCCAUAUUUUUCAAUAUUCCUUUUCCAUAAUUGAUCUGUACCUGUAGUAAAUAAGUUUUUGGCUAUUUAAAUGUUAAUCGCAUCUGUUGAUAACGUGUGUUAUGUAAUAUAACUGCCAACAAGCACAUCUUUGUAAACCUACAUCAUGAUAUAAGAGAGAGCUAUGCUUAGUAUGAUGUAUUGUAUAUAAUGAAAAUAAAAUCGUUCGCCAUAAAAACAA